AUGGAACCAGAAGUAACUGUUAACAGGACUACCGUUGUGACCGACAUACAUCCCUGUUAUGAAAUAGAAAAUUUUAAUUACAUACGGACAAACACCCCUUCCAUUAUAUGUGUAUUGUUAUAUAUUUUCCUUGUAUUAUUGUCUGUAGUCACAAUAUGUGGAAACCUUCUUGUGAUGAUCUCCAUCAUCUACUUCAAACAGCUCCACACUCCCACAAACUACCUCAUUCUAUCUCUGGCUGUGGCUGACCUGCUUGUUGGGAUUAUAGUCUUUCCUUUCAGCAUGGCAUUCUCUCUCAGUUUUUGUCUGUAUCACGAUGAUUUAUUUUACAGAUAUUAUGCAGUAUGCCAGCCUCUGACAUAUAGAGCUAAAAUCAACCACUGUGUUGUUAUGAUUAUGAUUCUGGUCAGCUGGGGGGUUUCUGUUCUAAUUGGAAUUAGCGUCAUAAUUGCUGGAUUAAACAAUAAAAACUGUGAGGAAAGGUGUUUAACUGAUGUUCUCAUGGCAAACACAAUUGGACCUAUUUUAUCAUUUUACCUCCCAGUGAUCAUAAUGCUCUGUAUCUACUUGAGAAUUUUCCUUGUUGCACAGAGACAGGUACGCAGCAUACAGAACACAGCCUGUCAGAGCAAGUCUGGAGCAACAAAGAUGGAGAGAAAGGCCACCACAACUCUGGCUAUUGUUUUGGGAGUUUUUCUUUUAUGUUGGACUCCUUUCUUUCUUUGUGUCACCUUUGUGCCUUUUAGUAAAAAUUCAGUACCGGAUGCUGUUACUGAAACACUUAACUGGCUUACACUGUCAAACUCAAUGCUCAAUCCAUUCAUUUAUGCUUUCUUUUACAGCUGGUUCAGAUCAGCUUUUAAAAUGAUAUUUUCUGGAAAAAUAUUUCAAGGUGAUUUUACUAACUCUAAAUUGCAUUGA